UGGGAGCUGGAGGCCUGGUACCAGGACCUGCAGGAGGUGCUGGCGGCCGCAGAGCCCAGCGGAGCGCCCCCGCCAUGGGGGCCCGAGCAGGGGGCGCUGCGCGGCGCGGAGGGCGCGGGCCCGGAGCCCUGCGCGCUGGACGCUGCCCUGGCUGCGGAGCUGCUGCAGCUGCUGGGGCCGGAGAGCGGGGCCGGCCCCGAGCCAGCGCCGCUGGGCGCAGCCUCCGCCCGCGGGUCCCGGUCCCGGUCCCAGCCCCAGGAGGCGGCGGCCGCUGCCCGGCGCGGGGUGAAGCGGCAGCGCUGCGGCGGCCCCGCGGCGAGCAGGGAGCGCGCCGGCGAGCAGCGGGUGCUGGAGCUGACGGCCCACAACGAGCGGCUCCGCGCAGAGAUCCAGCGGCUCAGCACCGAGGUGCAGCGCACCCGGGCCGCCCUCAUCGACCGCAUCGUGAACCUCCGGCGGGCCUAGGAGCGCUGCGGCCCCGCAACGAGCGGGACCAGGACUCU